AUGGUUAGCAUCCUUGUCGGCACUGGGACCCAGGUAAAUGUACCAGAUAGAGCUGGCCGUACGCCGUUGUACUUAUCAGCAACAAUUGGCCAUUUAGAAAUUACUCGUGUGUUGUUGGAAGGGGGUGCCAUCAUCGAAGCAACUGAUAGAUUCGGCGGCCAUACGCCACUUCAGUCAGCAGUGUUGAAUGGACACACGGACGUGGCGGAAAUCCUGCUUAAACAUGGUGCCAACAUCGAAGUCAUUGAUGGGCUUGAGGGCUUUACUCCCUUAGGUUGUGCCGUAAGCAUGAACCAUGCUGCCAUCGCAAAGCUUCUACUUGACAGGGGGGCCAAUGUAGAAGCGGCCAAUGAAUCCGGAAACACACCACUUAUGGCAGCUGCGCGUAAUGGAUCAGAAGAUUUGGUUAUGCUUUUGCUUGAGCAUGGGGCCAAUAUCAAUGCGAGCAACGAACGAGGCCAUACACCG